ACUGUUCUAGCAGCAGAAGAUCAAGACGAACAACGCCUGGAUGCCUCGUGGAAUUGUCCAUUGCACUUCCCGUUCACAGUGACUGUGCGCAAUUGCACAUCACCCACCUCAACUCAAUUCAUCAACCUUUCCAUCUCACCCCCAAACAGUGAAACUCAACACAGAAUGAUCUCUCCAAAAACCAUCCUAGUAACCGGUUGUUCCACCGGCGGCAUCGGCGCCGCCCUCGCCCUCGCCCUCGCAAAAAGAAACAACACCGUAAUCGCAACAGCGCGCACCCCAUCCAAAAUCCCAUCCUCCCUCUCCACUCUCCCAAACGUCACCGUCCUCGCCCUCGACGUCUGCUCCCCACCUUCAAUCACAGCGGCAGUAUCCCACUUCACCAGCAACAACCUCACCCUCGAUGUCGUCGUCAACAACGCCGGCGGCGGCUACGCAAUGCCGCUCCUCGACGCGUCCAUCGACCGCGCCAAAGAGCUCUACGACCUCAACGUCUGGGGCCCGCUCCGCGCCAUCCAAGCCUUUUCCGCGCUGCUCAUCGCGAGCAAAGGCCGCGUAGUAAAUAUAAGUACCUGCGGCGCGGCGGUGAACACGCCCUGGAUCGGCGUGUACUCUUCAUCCAAGGCCGCUCUAACGACUCUCUCUGAAACCCUCCGGCUCGAGCUAUUGCCGUUCGGUGUACGUGUUGUGGCGAUUAUGGUGGGUGCCGUCGAUAGCAAGUUCCACGACAACGAUGUUUUUGAGUUGCCCCGGACGUCGCUGUAUGUGCCUGUCGAGGAGCAAUUGAAGGGCUGGGCGAGCGGGGCGUCGAAGCCAAAAGGUGUGGCGGCGGAUGUGUUUGUGGAGAGUAUUGUUGAGGAUGUUGUUGGGGAUGGGGCUGUGGGGUUGGUUUGGAAGGGGCCGCAUGCGGGGAGUAUCAAGUAUUUGUCGAGGUUUGCGCCUCAGUCUGUUGCGGAUGCUGCUAUGAGCUACACGCAAGGCCUGGCCGAACUCAAAGCACACGUUGAUGCGAAAGAGUGAAGCUCAUUUCACUCACGGAAGAAUCGAUAGCAAUAUUCGAUAUAUGAAGGUUGCCCUUUGAGCAAUUAUUCCUACUACUUCACCUCAAUCAACACAAUUGCAGAACCACCGACUUCCAUAUACAUACAUUUACAGUCUACAAUUCCGAACAUCGAAGGAUUAAACAAUACAAUGCAGACUGAAACCAGAAAUUCUUCAGAAAGGGACCCUGAAGACCCCCAAAACAUCUCGACUAUUAACAAUACUAAACUAUUCCCUUUCUCUCCCCUA